UACGAAAGCAAACGCUCCCAGGCACAAAAACACCAUACCAACACCACCAGCACCCCGCAUGGGAAGUCUUGAAUUUGUGUAUCACGCCGUCUGAUAAGCUGCUCCGUAAGCGAUUUUUAUUUUCGGUGGCCCAAGUGGAGGCAGUGCGGCAGUGCGGCAGUGCUCGCUUCCAGAGGCAAAACAAUGCUCGUAACUGGCGCGUAAUUAACACACAAAAGCUAAAUAACCAAAAACAAGCAGUAAGGCGAAUUUGUUUGCCAAAAGUGUUUCAUGUGCGUGAGAGUAAAACAGUGCCUGCAUAAGACACUCAGUGCGAAAUGGAAAUGGCCAAGGGCCGCUCACAAUUCACAAGCAAACUACACACACCGCCCAUCGGCGACAGCAGCAACAUGGCAAGUGAAGUGCCAGCAGCAACACCGCCAGCAGGAUGCAACGCCAUCAACGUCGACAACAACAGCCAGGAUAGCAGUCCCGAUCCCGCCCAGCAGCAGCUGAACUCCAGCGUGGACAGCGGGAUUGCGGUGCUCGAGGCGGAAUCUCCCACCAUGAGGAGGCGCCAGCGACUGCACCAGUGCCAGAGGAUCCUCCAGGUGUUGAAGCGGGACCAGCUUACCCACCAGCAGCUGCGCGAUAGAUUAAGCAAACUAGCCAAUAAGAAGUGGAGGAAGGAGGAGUCGAGCGAGGAUCACGCCUGCAACGUCUGCUGUGCGGACCUGGAUCUGGGCAGUGCCAAAAACUACGUGACAUGUUGCACCUGCGGAAAAUCGGUUUGCCGCGGGCCCAAAUGCUCUGACUGGCGGCCCAAGGACGCCAAGUGGGAGUGCCAGCUAUGCCAAAGCUCCAAGGAGUCGCUCGCCCACACCUCCUCGUGGGUAGCCGAGCAAAUGUCCUUCAACCACCACAAGUUUGUCUAUCCGACGAGGGCCAGGAGUGAGGUGUAUAUACCGAUUGUGCGCGAUGGCAACGACAGCAGCAUUCAAUUCGAAAGCGUUAGCCAGAUUGGUCAUACCGCCCACAUGGACGAACGGGCCAAGAUCCGAGAGUACGUGGAGCAGAUUGUGGCCGAAAUGCUGGGCGACAAUUUGGACCACGUCAAAGUGGGGCAGCUGUCCAAAAGUGAGAACUACUUGCAACUCUUUGAUAAAUUCCAUGCGAAGCUGAGUAACCUGCUUAUCAAUUUGGAAAACAGUUUUUGCGCGCUUGCGCUCAGGGGAGAUCUUCCGGCCAUCGUAAAUGGCCAUACAAACAAUAAUAAUAAUAACACCAAUGCCGAUUCCAAACUGGCCGACCUUUCGCAAACCCGACUACGCAGUCUCAUCGAGACGAUCAUAGCGGAGACCUUGCGGAGUUCCUCCCUGAGCGUCAGCGGAGCCGUCUCGGAGAUCAGCCUGGAUACCAGAUCCCACGUAUCCGAGCUGGCCAACGGAAACGGGCUGAAGCGGCGCCAUCGCACCGAGCACUACUUCGAGCCGAAGAUCUAUCAGGAUCUGCUGGCCACAGCGGUGCUAAAUAAGAUUGCGGAUAAGGAAGGGAAUACAAGGCUGGUUGCGGAGAGUACUCCGGACUUGAGUGGUCGCCACAUUGACGAGAAUUUCAAUGCCGAAGCGCAGAGCACCACGUCCGGAAGCUCCAUUGAACCACGAAGUGAUUGCAGCCUCACCGAUCAUGAAAUCGGACUGGAUAAUGGCAAAUCCCAAUCCCUGCAAACGGACUUGGAAAGGGAAUCUGUCCUUAGUGAUUAUAUAGCCGCACACAUGGUGCCACUGCCAGACUUUUCAGCAUCCGUGACAGAAUCCGAGGAUGAUAUUGGAUCCAUCACCUCGGGCAUGAUCGGGGAUGGAAACUGGGAGGACAACUGGCUGUUCAAGAAGAAACGCAGCUCGGCGACUCACAGCAGCAUUGGCAUGCUAGUGCCGGCACCAAGGGAGAAUGUACGUGCCCAGAUUGGGGAUAAGACCACCGAUGAGGUGAGCGAUCUCUCGGAGAUGGGUUCGGACAUCGACGAGAGCUCUUUGGAUCUGCUGCGAUGCAACGAUCUCAACGAUCGUCUCCUGAGCAAGCACCUUAUAGGUGGCCAAAACACUAAGCUGGUCCUCGACGAGCUCGUCGAUCGCACCAGUCUCACGUCCAACACAUUGCUGGAAGAGAAUGAGCCCGCAUUCACAGAGACAACCAAUGAGUUCGUGGUGUCCCCGAUGGCAGUGCCUUCUGAUAUUAAGGCGCCAUCUCCGACGCCACCUCCUCCACCAAUGAUAUUCCAGGACGACUUGUUGAACGAGGAGCCAGACCACACUCCCAUUGCAGCCCAAGGCGAAUCCGACGAGCUGGCCAGCCUCGAUAGCUGUACUGGCUUUAGCACAGUCGAGUACAUCGAUGAAGAACAGAUGCACGAAACUGUGCCAUCGGUGAUCGAGAUCUUGGCGGCCAUGGCGCUGGGACCUAUGCUAGCUGUUCCAGCAUCUGAACAACCUGGUGGAAUGACACCCAGUGAGAUGCACACCCUCAAAGAACUGAGUGACUUGGCCCUCGCCGAGAUCAACGCUCGCACAGUGGACCUGGUGCACGCCCACUCACUGGACAUAAUUGAAGAGGAGAACACAGAGUCUUCAGAAGGUGGCCCAGAGCAGCACUUCGACUUUGUCCAACCGCCACCGCUCGAAGAGAUUACUGACCCAUUAACCCCAGGAGAGCAGGAGUGCGUUGUUAAGACGGAUGUGCUACCACAUCCUCCACAAUUAAAGCUUAUAUCUGAGAUUGAACCGCCGCCGCCAAUAGAACUGGUCGAAGAUAUUGCGACUGCUACGGAUUCUCUGUAUCCUGCAGAAGUUGUCCUCAAACUAGCGCCUGUAGAAAUUCGUUUUGAGAUGAAAACCGAUGAUGUUACUGCUGUGGAGUCCGUGGAGAUUGUCCCAGAAAUAACAUCUACCUUGGAUAUUGUCUCAGAAGACCAAUCUUACGUGGAAGCAAUAAUAGCUCCAACAACAGAAUCUGAAGUUGUCCAUGUGGAAACUGUUCCAAAAAUAUCAGUGCCCUUUGAAAUUUUCCUAAAUACCGUUGUAACUGCAUAUUCUGAGCUUCACUCCGUGGAUCCAUCAGAAGUAAUACACUUGGAUUCGCUGAACUUGGAACCGCCAGAUCCAUUGGAAAGGGAUCCUGAAACUGUGCAAACUCAAGAACAUCAAUCUGUGGACCUACAAUCACCUAUAAAGUUUAAUCACAGCCUUGAAACCGACUUCGUGACAGGGGAUUCGACAGAAAAUUUAUCAGAACAAGUUCCGGAAAUGAUUGCAGAGCCCAUAGCAGCACUCUCAGAGCCUAAUUCCAUACCUGUGCCAAUAGACAGUGGUACACAAUUGGAUAAAUUCGGAACUAUUGAAGUUGAUUCACUUACGACAUCUGUCCCAAUAGAAACCGUUUCAGAACCUAAAAUAGUGGACCCCCAAUUGUCUGUGGAAGCUGAUGUCCUUACUCAAUCUGCUCCUGUGAACUCACCAGAGCCGUUGAAUAAUGGUUCAGACACUCAUCCUUCAUUAAUGCCAAUAGACUCUGAGCCCCAAAAUAUUGCAAUCGAUUCAUCACCACCCGUGGAAUCAACUCCUAUAGGAGGUGCUACAGUGGAUUCACUACAAUCUGUAUACACAGAGAUACCAGCGACCGGGGAAAAUUCUAUCUCUGAAGGGAUGCUAAGAGAGGCCACUUCUGGCGAUGCGAAUGGCUCUGAAGCUGAUGAUUUCAUAAUAGGCACAGACUCUAUCGCAGGAAAGCAGCCGCAAACUGAUGAAACUGCUAACGUAUCAGCUUCUGUGGAAAAAAUUUCAGAAAAUCAAGCAGUUGCAUUCGUUGUCAAUGUUCCAGAAUCGCCGCAAUACAUUUUAGAAGAAGACGUAUCGACAAUUGAAACGAUAACUCUACCAUAUUCUUCCAAAGUUCACGUGGUGACUUCAGUGUCUUCAGGAGUUACAGAAACUGCCCCAGUUGAACCAUCAGAGCCCGUCAAUAUUGUUUCGCAAAUACACAAUGUCCCAGUUAAUUCACCUGAGAUCCGUGAAUCAGUUCCGCAAACGAAAAUUGUGAAUCUUGAACUCGAAAAUAACCCGUUAAUUAAGCUUCAAGAUGAUUUACUUACAACGUCGCAAUUGAUUCCAAAGUCGGAAUCUUGUGCAAUUGAUAACCAAGCAGCACAGCCUGUUGCAGUGGAUCCCUUACCGGUUGUAGAAUUUGAUACGGACGUAGUUGCUUUGGAACCCCCAUCGCUUGUGGAAACUGACCCAGAAACACAAACCAUGACCAUUGAUCCUAUAGAAAUGAUACCAGAACCAGAAUCCAUUAUAAUAGAAAAACUUGCACCUAUCGGAAGAUUGGCUGAAGCGGAGUCCAUCGAUGAGGAAAACCAAAUUAAUCCGGAAAAUCAUAUUGAGCACCAAACCAUGUCAGAUCGACAACCGACAGUACCAAUGGAUGCUAUACAGCCUAUCGAAAUCGUUCAAGUAACACCAUGCAAUACCUUCGAUUUGAUGGCCACCACUGAAGCUGUCGAUGUUGAACACUCAGAGCCUGGCGAAGAUGCUUUCUUAGCUAUAAGCGAAGGACUGGAAUCCGUUAUUUUUGGAACGGAUCUGCAUAAGUCGGAUUCACACGUGGGCUUUCCAUUACCAUUCGAGUUAUCUCUACCGGCGGAGGCGGUCGAUAUAGAACUCCCAGUGUCUGUAGAAUCGCUGACUCAAUCUGAACCUUUUGAGGCAGUUUUUCCAACUGUCUUUUUGUUGGAUAUCCAAUCACAAUCAAUGGAACAACCAGUGCACGUGGAAAAUCCGGCUCAAAUGGAAAUUAAGGAACUAGUAUCCACUGCACCUGUGGAGAUUGUUUUAAUCACAACAGAAGAUUUUCGCCAAGCUGAAUCCAUAGUGGAAUCCGUUAAACCCAUGUCAGCAGCAGAAGAAAUCCAAACCAUGGUAGAUUCAACAGCAGAUCUAGAGAUUACACCUUUUCUAGAACGCCCGCAACGUUUGGAAACUUAUUCUGAGCAUGCAGAAAAAGAAACCCCCGAGUCAGUGGAAAUGGGUUUGAACACACAAAAUGUAGCUGUCAAAAUAACAACGUCCGUUGAUGUAACUUCUACGGCUACGGAAACUCCCAAAAUAGAUUAUGUAACUGCACCCCCUGCAGCUGAAGAAAGAGAACUAAACGAAGCUGUAGAGAUGCUAUCGGUCACUGCUGAUACCACUCUCCCAGAAGAAACUCUUUCCCAAGAUAGUACUGUUGAAGCCUUAGAACCGCCAACAUCAAUAGAGGUUAAAUCACAGGUAAAUGGCGAUACGGGAUCUAAAGGAAAUGUAGAGGUCGCUGUACCACAAUUUAAAGAAGAUAAAAUACUUAUAAAGCCCAUCUCAAUGGAUGUUACAGAACAUGUAGAAGUCGAUCUCGAAUGUGUAGGCAUCAGAGUAAAUGUACCAGAACAGGUGGAUCUUAUUCAAGAAUCAAUAGCUGCGACAACAAAAUUAACUUUAGAAUCCUUAGAAAAAGAUUCACAAAAAAUGACUGAUGCAGUGGACUUGCAAGAAGAUAAUACGGAAGCCGAAGAAAAAGUGGAUACGUUAUCGACUACAGAAGUUGUUCCAGAUAUAAUUGUCCUGAACCCCUCAUCGCUUGUGGAACUUAGCCCAGAAAUACAAGCAAUGACAAUAGCAACCCGUGUUCCUUUGCAAAUUGUUCCAGAAGCAGAAUUAAUCGCAAUAGAACAACCAGUACCUGUGAAAAAACUGGAGUCUAUCGUUGUGGAUAGUCAGGCUGUAGUAAUUGAUCACCUAAUGGAACCUAUUACACCUGCAGAUAUGGUGUCUGAGCAAAAUUCUCGCGUUGUGGAACCAUUAACUUCUACUCAAGCCACGCCAGUUGAAGUAAUAGCUUGUGACCCAUUCGAUACCGUUGUUGAACCAGUUGCAGUAGCUCAUUCGCCAACUAUAGAAAAUACAACGCCGGAGGAAAUAACACAAUCUGUUGCAUUGGAUUCAACAGAAUCUAUGAAAAUGUACCUAGAUAUCGAGAUUGUUUCUGAGAACCUUAUCCAAGUUGAUCCAAAGGAACUAUCUGGUCAUGUUGAACUCGUUUCUCAAAUUGAAGCUAGCGCUAGGGAUCCAGAAGAACCAGCUAAAGAUGCGACGCAGGUCGAAGAUACUUUAGUCGUUCAGGCAACCCUUACUCAAGUUUCAGUGACUGAUUAUAUCGCAGUGAAACCAUCUGUUCCUGUCAAACAAACCGAAGAUUCCCUAGGGGACCCACCAGAAAGUGCACAGAAUGUGUCAUAUGUUGUACCUCUUAAAGUGAAUCAACCGGCCUCUGCGGAAAUUUCUGUGACUGAUUCUGUCGCAGUGGAACUAAAUGAUCCAGUGGAGCGAACCAUAAAUCUCGUAGGAAACACAGAAUUUGUGGCAGAUACAGAAUCAUCGGGCGGAGAUAAUGAAAUCGGUGUGGACCCAAACCAUCCUGCAGAAUUUGUGCCAGUGAAUGUAGGCCCGGAAACCAAUCAACUGGAAAUAGAAACUUUAAAGUUAAAGGAGGAGCUGUUUACUGUGUUAACAAUGGAAGCAUUGAUGACCAUCGAUGGAAAACAAUCCGCAGUUUUGAAGCCCUUAGCAUCCGUAAACACGAUUUACCAAGAGGAAUCAACCAAUCUGAAUAGUGCACUACAAGAAGAGGUUGUUCCUCAAGAACAAUCCUUUUCUAAAUCGUUACCAACCAAUGUAACCAUACAUACAAGCCCUACGGACUUGGAGACCCAACCGUCUUUGAAACCUAUUCUAGAAACUGAAACUGUGGACGUAGUAGGGGUGAAACCAGUUGCCGUGGGAACUUCAGCGGAGGACAAGUCGCUUGAAAGUGAGAAAAUGGUUUUGAAAGUGGAGAGCACCAAUGGGCAACCCUUGACAGGAGCUGAGUCCGUCAUAUUGGAGCCAGUAUUGCCAGAAGAACCUAUUUCCGUAACGGAAUAUAUCAGUGUGGAUUCCGGUAACUUUGUUUCUCAUUUGGGCUCAGUACCUUUGUCGGCACCAGCCGCGGUGAGAAUACCACCAGAACCAAAGGAUUUGGAGCCGCAAGCUUUUGAGAAGCUUAUUCCAGAAUCAGUCGCAUGCACUGAUGAUUUACUAGAUCCUGCACAAGGUCUUUUACAAGAAGCUCCUGUCGAUAUGGAAGACUUAUCGGGCAUGCCAAUUGUUGCUGAUGUAUAUGCCCAUGAAUUUGAACCCUCUCCGGUGGAAAUCGUUCUACAGCAUUCAGAUGCAAACACCACAGCUCCUGUGGAACCUAACACGAAACCAGAAACGGAAGGCCCAUCGCCUAUGGGUGCAAAAAGUACUGCAGAUCUACAAGUUGUAGCAUCGGAACCUCUAGAUUUAGUGCCUGCUUCACCAGUAGUGCCAGUGGAAUUUGUUUCUAAAAAAGAUGAUCUCUCUGAGGAAACCAAUGAUCAGACGGAAAAAAAUAUCUCAGUACCACAUGGUGUGCCUGUGAAUGCUGCAAUUGUCAAAGGCGCACCACCAAUCCCAGGGAAAAUUAUUCAGAAAGAACAACAUUUAUUAUUGGGAAAUAAUGAUCCGCUGGGAAAAGAUAUUACAUACGCGCCUGUUGAAGCUCCUUCCUGUACAGCAUCUACCCCAGUGAGUUUGGGCCACGUGGAGCAAGAGCAGAGUAACGCUAAUGAAGAACCGCCACAUGGUGAAGAUAAUUUAACGAGCGAUGAUGCAAUAUUAAAAUCAGUAGCUGCGAUUUCGAAUUUAUCAAGUGAUGUCCAACUAGCUUGUAUAGACCAAGAAAUACAGGAAAUCGCAUUGGAUCCUGCUACAGAAGAUCAAUUAAGUUCAGAGUCCAUUCAAAGCGAUGAGAGUGAACCCUCCACUGCCUGCGAGACAUUCAAUGCAGAUGGUGACUCUGAACAGGAGUUUGUUAGCCAGAGGGUCUUAGUCCUAGACGAUCAGCGAUCCCUUAAUACUAACACAAGCUCUAACAACAAUGUGCACACCCACCUGCUUCUUCCACUAACCCAAACUAACAACCCUACAUCGAGAAGUAGACGCACCAAUGGAAAACUAACAAAUGGUUCCCUUCGAUGGUCGGGUAGCUAUGCUAACGAGCUCUCUACUGACGGAUCCACGGGUGCUCAGUCAGACGAUGUUGCCGAUGACGAUGUUGUACUCUUGCGGCGCUUCGUGCCAGGUUCCAUUGCGGAGCGCGAGGUGAAGAAAUGGUACAACGCCGUUGAGAUGCCAAAUAAUCCGUACUCCCCGGAGGCCCUUAAGCAGCGCAUCAGUGGCACCCAGGAGCGCUACAUGGAUGUGCCCAACAUAAGUCCGAGUGCUGAGCAAAAGGCACUGGCAUCUGCGCUGACGGAAAAUCCGGAUCCUCCAGCGCCAAAAACGGAUUACAAACGCUAUAGCCGCGACUACUACAUCAACAAUGCUCCCACAGUCACUGACAGCACGGGUGGUGGAAAAGCCGCGACGUCCAGCGCACUUGAGGAUGUGGAGGACAUCGUGAUCAACGAGGCUCAAAAGGCAAACAAGCCUGCCACUGAGCGGGAUCCGCCGCAGGAAUCGGUGUACAAAGCCACGCCCGUUCAAGUCCUGGAUGAGUCCCUGGACUCGCAAUCGAAUCCCUCUCUGUACUCCCUGCAAACUACGACCACAAACUCAAGCGAUGAAUCCAACACGGUUCGCAUAUACGACUUUAACAAGCAGGAAACAACGGUUAUCAGGGCAGCUCCAGCGGAUCAGCAGCCAAGCGACUCAACCACUUCAUCCAUGGAGUCCGCCCAGAGUGCUCUACCUUCGGCAUCUUCAUCUAAUGACUCAACAGUGUCCAAUAAGCGAGAGCGUCCUUUGGUUCUUCAGUUCGGUCCAGGCGAUUCGGUGCCCACAAUAGGAUCACCUGCUAGUACACCCACGCGGGGAUCUACUCCUCCUGCUUUUAGAUUCUUGCAGCCUAAACGUCGCCUUAUUGAUCCCAGUCAGGUGCUAUCCGUCGACGAAGAUGAUGUGCCUGAAACAACGACUCCCUCGGCAGAAAAGCCCGUCAUCGAAGAUGAGGUGGCUCAUUCCAUGCCAUCUGUUAAGGCUCUGGCGCAGGCGUUCCUCCUGACCAGCAAGCACACACAACCCCAACGAAGAUGGCGUGCCAAGGUUAGAAUAGCAGCCCCGCCAGAGACACCAGAUAAGCCAAACACGUCACUGGCCAAGCGGCACAAACUGGUGCACGCUGUCUCUAUGGCAGAAGUAGCCGAUGAGUCUACGAUCGCCUCCGACUUAUCAUCACUCGAAACGGAUCCUUCCAUCCAUUCCGAGGCCAAUCCACCUGUAGCAUCUCCGGCGAGUCCUGUGCCCGUUCGCCACGGCUUCCUCCGGAGCAAUAUUGCUUUCUUUGAGAAUUUAAAGUUCAAGUGAAUAUACGAAUGCAGUUUUGUUGGUGUGCGACCAUUGGUUGAUCUUCCCGUUGGGGAAAAUGCACGACAAUGGCAAAGCACCCAGCCUAUUAUCCAAACCAAAUCCUCGCCAAAUACCAUGUGCCAUGGCCUCCAUUUCCCAGUCGAAACAUCACGGAAACAUAGUACUUAACAUAAAUUUGCGUUAGCAUGCGCCAUUGUUAAUUCUAGUUCGUAUUUACUAUUAUAUGAUUAUUUUAUCCGUGGAUACUAUUUAUUUAGUUCUAAGAUAUGUAUUAUGUACUUUUUAGGUGUAAGAGAAACUAUUCCCAAAUUCAGCUGAAUGUUUCCCUUUACCCGAACGAGUUAAAACGUUACAUAAUUGUACUCAAUAAAACAUAUAGAAAAGCAAAA